UCCAGCGAGCAACGGUUUUCGCCAUUCCGUCCAGUGUGGUGCAGCUGUCGAGGCACGGUUUUCCGAACAGCUCUCCCGGUAGUUCCCGGUGGUAGUGCUCCCGGUUCGCUGCCAACAAGUGCGCGUAGUGUGGUUUAGAACAACCGCUUUAGGAUCUAACAGAGGCGAUUCGUUUGGUGGUGCCGAUUCAUUGUCUUUUUUUUGUGGUGUUGGGUUUAGUGGAUUGAGAAGAAGGUAACAAUAAUGGGACGGAAGUUUUCUGGCACCACCAGUGUGUCACUACUGUUUGUGGUGUUAGCCUGCUGCCCGUUACCGUCCACGCGGGGCGAGAUGCGCAAAUCGUGGCAGGCGAAAAGUGUCGACGUGCAGGCGCAGCUGCUGAAAGCGGCCCGACUUGAAGAUCCCCCAAAUGCGAAGCCUCCGGAACCGAGCGAACUGGAAACGCGGUCAGCAGUGCAGGAAGCGGCGACCGGCCAGACCGGUCCAGUGCUUAGCCCCGCCGACAGUGUACAAGUGGCGGAAGAGCUUAAGGUUAAGCCUGCGCCAGUGUUCAGCAGUCGUGUGCGGACCAGGUACGGUACCGUUGUUGGAUCGCCUGCCGUUCCGGAUCGGGCGGUCGAGGCUGUUGAGGUGGUAGCGACACCAGCACCACAGGCAGAUGAUGAAGUGCGUGCCGUUCCACUGGUUUUGGAGCACAGCCCGGACGACAUACAGAUCGACGACGCGACCGUGCAGGAUGAUGAAGACGACGACGACGACGACGACGAGGAGGAUGAAGAUGAUCCGCUCGGGUGGAAUGCAGACAAGGCGAAGCAGUACGAUCUGAUCGAAAACAUCCUGGAGGAGGUGGAGGGCCGUGUAGCUGGGGAAGGGCGCGACGAAGCGACGGAUGAGCUUGCGGGCUCCGGUGCGAAAAAGCCAACCGAGCGCGUCAAGCAGUACACGUUCCCGCCGGUACUGAACAUGACCAUCGACGAGCCGAACAACAUUGUCAAGGUGAAGCUAAACCAGGACAUUGUGCGAGACAUGCUAAACACGGGACGUGAGGCGGGCGGCGGCAUCGGGGGCAAGAAGAUGCUUCGCUACGUGCUGCCACUGUUCAUACUGCCCUUCCUGAUCCAGUCCGCCGUGAUACCGUUCAUGCUGACGGCGGUCAAGCUGUUCCUGCUCAAGUCGCUGAUGGCGGGCAAGCUGGCCAUCUUCCUGCUGCUGCUCGGGGCGUUCAAAAACUUUACCAAAAAGGACCGGGACGUGUACGUGAAGGAUCUGCCCGACCGGCGGUACGAACCGUCGAGCGAAGGGUUCGCCUAUCUGGCCGAGGGGCGGCCGAGCGGCUGGGUGAAUUAGCCGCCACGCGAACCUAUUUAUGCGACAGACAAACAGACCGAUGACUGUGCGUGUAUGAGAGUUUGUGUGUGUGUAGACAAAGAGCGUAUUAUGGUAGGAAAUAUGGUAGAUUUAAUGCAAAGCAUGGCUCUAAGCCGGUACAAAACACAAUAAACAUAAACAAACAACGUU